AUCAUGACCACCACCAUCUGCACCCGCUUCACUGAGGAAUUCCAGAUGUUUGAGGAACUGGGCAAGGGAGCUUUUUCAGUGGUGCGGCGGUGCCUGAAGGUCCUCUCAGGCCAAGAGUAUGCUGCUAAGAUCAUCAAUACCAAGAAGCUAUCUGCCAGGGAUCACCAGAAGCUGGACAGAGAGGCCAGGAUCUGCCGACUGCUGAAGCACUCCAACAUCGUGCGUCUCCAUGACAGCAUCUCGGAGGAAGGGCAUCACUACCUGAUCUUUGACCUAGUGACGGGCGGCGAACUCUUCGAAGACAUUGUUGCUCGAGAGUACUACAGUGAGGCUGACGCCAGUCAUUGUAUUCAGCAGAUUCUGGAGGCAGUGCUUCAUUGUCAUCAGAUGGGAGUCGUUCACAGAGACCUCAAGCCUGAGAACCUUCUGCUUGCCUCCAAGUCCAAGGGAGCUGCAGUGAAGCUGGCAGACUUCGGCCUGGCCAUCGAGGUGGAGGGGGACCAACAAGCCUGGUUCGGCUUUGCAGGGACACCUGGUUACCUGUCUCCUGAGGUCCUGAGGAAGGACCCAUAUGGCAAAGCUGUGGACCUGUGGGCAUGCGGUGUGAUCCUGUACAUCCUACUGGUGGGAUAUCCUCCGUUCUGGGAUGAGGACCAGCACAGACUGUACCAGCAGAUCAAGGCUGGGGCCUACGAUUUCCCCUCGCCAGAGUGGGACACUGUUACUCCAGAGGCCAAGGAUCUCAUCAACAAGAUGUUGACUAUCAACCCUGCCAAGCGCAUCACAGCCUCGGAGGUUCUCAAACAUCCCUGGAUCUCACACCGCUCCACUGUGGCCUCCUGCAUGCACAGACAGGAGACGGUGGAGUGCCUGAAAAAGUUCAACGCCAGAAGGAAACUCAAGGGUGCCAUUCUCACCACCAUGUUGGCGACUCGGAACUUCUCAGCAGGGGAGAGUGGGGCCAACAAGAAGACUGAUGGUGUGAAGAAAAGGAAGUCCAGUUCCAGCGUCCAGCUGAUGGAAUCCUCUGAAAGCACCAACACCACUAUUGAGGACGAAGACACCAGAGUGAGGAAACAGGAGAUCAUCAAGGUAACAGAGCAGCUCAUAGAAGCCAUCAGCAAUGGAGACUUUGAGAGCUACACUAAGAUGUGUGACCCCAGUGUGACAGCGUUUGAGCCAGAAGCUCUGGGUAAUCUGGUGGAAGGCCUGGACUUCCAUCGCUUCUACUUUGAGAACUUGUGGUCUAAGAACAGUAAGCCUGUCCACACCACCAUCCUGAACCCCCACAUCCACCUGAUCGGGGAGGAAGCUGCCUGCAUCGCUUACAUCCGCAUCACCCAGUACAUCGACACCAACGGCAUGCCCCGCACCGCCCAGUCUGAGGAGACACGCAUCUGGCACCGCCGUGACGGCAAGUGGCAGAUAGUCCACUUUCACCGCUCUGGAUCACCCUCCGCCAUCACCAAGUAA